GCCCUACCACACCGUGCACGUGCAGGGAAUUUCCCGGACUUCACAACUCGACCGAUGGCGAUGUAACGUUAUACUUGUACUAACUAAAGUCACUAAACUCAACUGUGGAUUAAAUGUGAUUUAAAAUGGCUGCACCUCCAGAUGUAGCGACAUCGGCUGUCUUGGUCCAGAGCUCCGAGAUGCCAGAAGGCUCGGUAAAGGUCAAAGGUUAUGAUUUCAAUGAGGGCAUUGAUUAUCACAAGCUUCUGCAAUCUUUCAAGACAUGUGGAUUCCAAGCUACAAAUCUAGGACUGGCUAUAGAAGAAAUUCAAAAGAUGAUAUCAAAGAAAGAGGAAGGAUAUGAUGAAGAGGAAGCAAAGAAAGGAGCUGAACUUAACCCUUGUGGUCGACUGAAGUCAAACUGUACCAUUUUCCUCGGUUACACAUCUAACCUCAUCUCAUCAGGACUCAGAGAAACCUUUAGAUUCUUGGCACAACAUAAUUUGGUUGAUUGCAUAGUGUCUAGUGCUGGAGGCAUUGAAGAAGACUUCAUUAAAUGUUUAGGAGAUACCUACAUUGGGGAUUUCAGCCUGAAAGGUCGUGAGCUGAGACCAAAGGGCAUCAAUCGUAUCGGUAAUCUCUUGGUUCCGAACGAGAACUACUGCAAGUUCGAGGACUGGCUCAUGCCGAUCUUGGACCAGAUGUUGAUUGAGCAGAACACUGAGGGUAUCAACUGGACACCAUCCAAGAUGAUUGCUAGGUUAGGCAAGGAAAUUGAUGAUCCAAGUUCUGUCUACUACUGGGCAUACAAGAAUAACAUUCCUGUGUUUAGUCCUGCUCUAACAGACGGUUCAUUAGGGGAUAUUCUUUAUUUUCAUUCGUACAAGAACCCUGGUCUAAGAUUAGAUAUCAUUGAAGAUGUAAGGAGAAUGAAUAGCCAGGCAGUAUACGCAGCACAUACAGGAAUGAUCAUCUUGGGCGGUGGGCUUGUCAAACAUCAUAUUUGUAAUGCAAAUCUGAUGAGGAAUGGAGCGGAUUUUUGUGUGUUUCUGAACACGGCUCAGGAGUUUGAUGGAUGUGAUGCAGGAGCUAGACCAGAUGAAGCAAUCUCAUGGGGAAAGAUCAAGAUGACUGCAUCUCCAGUCAAGGUAUAUGGUGAGGCGACCAUGCUAUUUCCUCUGCUUGUAGCCGAGACGUUCGCCCGGUGUGUUCAUACAAAAGAAAACGAGAAGGAUGAUCAGCCUCUUAGCAAAAAAUCAAGAAACUCUGACUCCUACAUUGCAACAUAAAACUGAAUGCGUGGGACUGAAGAUUAUCAUUGAAAACAAGAUGUGGCCAGGGUAAAGCAUGCAUAGAACUGAAAGCAAUGUUACAUCAGAUUUGGUGGGUAAUCAUAGACGAGAGCGAGGCUCAGAUGAGUUGGGACAUGGGAUUGAGCUUAAAGGAGACUAAACCUUUGAGAGCGCAGAGACUCAACUUUUGGAAAUGAGUGACAUCGAAUUAUGUGCAUGUAGCACACGUCUCGAGAACGAGGCGCUCAAACCUUUUGACAAGGGUUUAGACCUGCCUUAGGGCCAUGUAAGGUUGGGUUGCUUGGUGCUAUCUGGUACAAUCUGAGCCUUGUUCUGCAGUAGUUCACAUGUUUAAAACAGUUCCACUAACUUAAACAUACAGAAAUAGGUUAAAUAUGCAUUUUUGUAUGAUUCAAAAAAAUAUUUUUUAUUGUCUCACCUGCGAAGCAAAGUGAGACUAUAGGC